AUGCUUAUUGCGAGUUCGAGAGUCUUAAGAAUAUACUCCACAAUGAGCACGAUUGCAGGAUAUAAAUAUCAACCUCCGGUUGCUCGGAAUAUGAAGGAACUUGAUAGAUCUUUUUUCGUUACGAAGAUCCCAUUAUGUGCUGUACAAUUCCCUAACCCUAGUGAUAUCAGUUUUUUUGCCAAGAAUUACAAAGACAGUAUAUUGAGAGUCCCACGUAUACCACAUGUUGUUAGGCUUGGGCAAGUUGCGGACAGCAUACCAAGCAAUAACAGCAAGACUCUGAGUUGUGACAACGGAAUUGUUUUCAAAGGAGUUCUAUUAAAUGAUUCUAUCAGUACCCCAGAUGAAAUCUCUGAAAAAUUAUCACAAGAAGCUCGAUCGUUUUUGAAGGAGUCUGGGGCCAAAGUAAUAUCAUAUGAAUAUGUGUUGGACUAUAAUUUCUGGAGAGCGGAAGAGAUAUUGAGAGCUGUUUUACCAGCUGAAUUUUUGGAUGAGAUUCCAACCGGUUUUACGGUAACAGGCCAUAUUGCGCAUCUUAAUUUACGUCAAGAAUUUAAGCCAUAUUCAUCAAUAAUUGGACAAGUUAUAUUAGACAAGAACAAUAAAAUUGAGACUGUCGUCGAUAAAGUUAGUUCCAUUGCCACCAAAUUCAGAACAUUCCCUAUGAAGGUGAUUGCAGGCCGUGAUGAUGAUUUGGUUGUAACGCAAAAGGAAUCCAACUGCACAUUUAAAUUUGAUUUCAGUAAAGUUUACUGGAAUUCAAGGUUACAUACAGAACACGAAAGAUUGGUGAAGGAGUAUUUCCAAACGGGGCAAGUCGUCUGCGAUGUGUUUGCCGGAGUAGGACCAUUUGCCAUACCUGCAGGAAAGAAAAAUGUAAUUGUUCUGGCUAAUGAUUUAAAUCCAGAGAGCUUCGUUUACUUGAAGCAAAACAUAUCACUAAAUAAAGUCGAAAAACUUGUAAAGUCCUUCAAUCUUGAUGGUGCUGAGUUCAUCAAUAGAUCACUAGGGCUGCUGAAAGAGUGGCGGUCUGAAGAGACUAGUUCAACGAUCACUCUUGAGCCAAAAAUAAACAAAUAUAGAAAGAAGCCAAAAACGGAAAACCAAGCGAAGUCACAAGUCGUACAAGUGCCAAUCCCCUUUAACAUCCAUCAUUUUGUGAUGAAUCUUCCCGACAGUUCAAUCACUUUUCUUCACAAUUUCGUUGGUCUCUACUCCGGCCAUGACGAAGUCAAAGAUCUACCGUGGAUCCAUGUCCACUGUUUUGAAAAGUACGCCAAUGACGAGGACCCUUCUAUGGAAGAACUUCACAAGAGAGUCCAUAAAAGAAUACUAGCUGAGUUCAAUGCGAGCGCCCAAGUUUUAUCGUUCGAUGACCUGUCCUUCCAUCUCGUACGUAAAGUGUCGCCUACCAAACCCAUGUUCUGCGUCAGUUUCCAACUUCCCAAGCUGGUUGCAUACUGUUAA